UCCUCUGAAACUCAUGAACCAGCAUGCUUGGCAGAAGACCUAAAAAAAGCCCUCAGGCAAAGGGCCAGGGAGCUGCAGUUGCAAAGCAGCUGGGGCUGUUUGUAGAUUUCAAUCCUGAAGAGAUGCUGCUGGGUGCAGAGGAUGGUGGUGAUGAUGGGGACCUAGAAGCAGAGCUUGCUGCUCUCACAGGAGCAAAAGUGAAAGAAGGCAAAUCAAAACCAAAAGGGAAAGCUCCUCUGCCCAUGGAUCAUAUUGAAAAGAUGGCUGCAGAAUGUAUGAAGGACCUGAAUGAAGAUGAGGAGGAAGAAGCAGAUGAUGAAGACUUGGAGAAGGACACAGACCUCCUGGCAGAACUGCAGGAAGUUCUGGGGGAGGAGGGAGAGCCGGGAAGCUGUGAGGAUGAGACGAUAGCGACGGAGCCAUCCACAGCUGACCCAGAAAACGAGCAACCUGAGCUGCAGCCACAGACCACCUCACUUCCUGCUGUUACCAGUGAGCUGCAGCAGAGGAUAGAGGAGAGGAUUGAGAGCUACAGGAGAGCAAUUUCUAAUGCAGAGCAGUCAGGGGAGGGUGCCAGAAUACGCCGAUACCAAAGAGGCCUUAAGACACUGGAGACCAUGCUGGCAGCAGUGAAGAAAGGCAAGAAAAUCAAUGAGGCAGAAAUGCCGCCUCCUGUUGCAACAGGGAAGAGUUCUGCUCACUUACCUCAAGCUGUAGGAGUGGAGCUAGAGAAUUUAGGAGAUUCAGCCAGUGUCCCACCAGAGAAUAAAGCUGAGUCUGCUGCUGCCGAUGAUAGGCAGAAGACCUCUCAGGAGGAGCCAGUGCAGCAUCUGGAAUCAGAGUCUCUGCAGGGUUAUGCUGCUCCUAGUCCUACAGUGGAAACAGCUGAGAGCAGCAGCACACGAGCGUUCCUGCUUGCGAGGCAGAAGCAGUACAAAUUAGCAGCUCUGAAAGCCAAGCAGCAAGGGGACCUGGAGAAAGCAAAGGAAUACAUGAAGGCAGGCAAGAAAUUUAAUGUGGUCUUGGAAGCUCUGGACAGUGGCCAGCCAAUAGACCUCCAGAAUAUGCCUCCACCUCCUGAGGAUCUUGAGAGCUUAAGGAACAUGCAAGAUGCAUCCAAGCAAACAGUACCAGGUCCAGAGGGAAGUUCCCAGGAUCUCACAACACCUGAACCUCAGCCCCGAGAAGCUUCAGCUUCCCUACAUCAGCCAAAGACGAUGCUGGAGGCCCUGCAGCAGAGGCUGGAGAAGUACAGGGCGGCAGCAGCACAGGCCAGAGCCAGCGGGCAGGAGAGGAAGGGCAGGAUGCACGACAGGAUAGCCAAGCAAUACCAGGAUGCCAUAAGAGCCCAUAAAGCAGGGAGGAAAGUGAAUUUUUCUGAGCUACCUGUUCCUCCUGGAUUUCCUCCUCUCCCUGGGGUGGCAGCAGCAGAUGGUGCCAGCACAAUAGCUGCUGUUCUGGAAAGUGCCAACAAGCUGGCAAACAUGGAGGACAAUGAGGAAGAGGAGGAGAGUGAACCUCCGACACAGGCCCCACUUGCCAAGAAGCCAGCUCAGCUGCCUGGGAAGCCCACUCAAGUUGUUAAGCCAAUUACAGUGCCAUCUGCUGCAGCUGAGGAGAGCUCUCCUGAGCCUGUGAAACCAGCUACUUCAUCCUCCACCCUGGACAAAGAGUCAAUGGAUCAGCUGCCUCCAGCUGCUAAAGAGCAGCUGGAAAUCCUGGAGAACAGAAAGAAGCAGUACGUGAAGGCAGCUGUCAAAGCAAAGAAAGAAAACAACCUUGAACAAGCUAAGAUGUAUCUUAGAACAGCAAAGAGCCUUGACCUAAGGAUUGAGCAAGCAAGAUGUGGCAAACCUGUUGAUCUUUCCAAGCUGCCAUCACCCCCUACAGAUGAGGAGGGUGAUUUUAUCUUCAUACACCAUGAAGAUGUCAGGCUGUCUCAGAAAGCAGAUGAGGUGUAUGCACAGCUCAUAAAACUGCUGAAGGACCAACAUGAGAGGUGUUUGCAGUACUCCAGGCAAUUCACACACCUGGGAAAUGUAGCAGAGACAACUCGCUUUGAGAAGCUGGCCCAAGGUUGUAAAAAGGACAUGGACAUCCUACAGCUGGCACGAGCACAAGGGAUGGAUCCUCCAAGCCAUCAUUUUGAGGAAAGAACCUUUAAAAUGAUAAGGAUAUUUUCUGAACUCAACAGCACAGAAAUGCACCUUCUGAUUGUCAGGGGGAUAAACCUGCCAGCUCCACCAGGUGUGUCACCAAAAGACUUGGAUGCGUUUGUGAAGUUUGAGUUUCAGUACCCCAGUGCGGAGCAGCCUCAAAAGAGCAAAACCCCUGUCAUUAACAAUAACAACUGUCCAGAAUACAACCAGCUGUUCAAGCUGAACAUCAACCGCAAUCACCGAGGCUUCCGGCGAGCCGUCCGCUCCAAAGGCAUCAAAUUUGAGGUGUUCCAUAAAGGGUCCUUCUUCAGAAGUGACAAGCAGGUGGGGACAGCACACUUGAAACUGGAGAGGCUGGAGUCUGAAUGUGAAGUCCGAGAGAUCCUCGAGAUAUUUGAUGGCAGAAAGCCCACUGGAGGGAAACUGGAGGUGAAAGUGAGACUCAGGGAGCCCCUCAGUGGUCAAGAUCUUCAGACAGUUACAGAGAACUGGCUGGUCCUGGAGCAUUAGCUCUGGCUGAGCUCCCUUGGAAGGUUGAAGGGUGGUGGGAUGGACGCACGCGGGAAGAUGCUGCUAGCUGCAAGCACCAAAGAUGUUCAAAGCUGCUACUGCCCCUUGAGCCACACUGCUGACUCCCAGCUCUGAGGCUAGCGUAGGGCUCCCAGCUGUGCUGCUGCAGGGGACUGGAACUGGUUACACAAAACAGACAGCGUUGCCUUAACGUGGGGCUGCUGGGGCAGCACCAGUGAAUGUUCCAUGAACUAUGCAGAGCUGUGUGCAGAGGCAGCCCCUCAGGAGCUUCCCGAGGCAGUGCAGCAGCUCUUGAGUCUGGCACAGGUAAGGCCUUUCCUGGCACUCAUUUCUUCACCUGCAGAGCAGCCAGUGUGCUCCCUGCAGAGUCUGCUCCUGCUUUUUCUGUUUGCUUACCAAGGCCUCUUUGGGGUUUUGCCGUUUCCUCGAGCGGAGGAGGCAGAGCUGGGGCAG